GGCAGCGGCAGCGGCGGCGGCGGCCGCGGCGUCUUCAGAGGCGCCCAGUGCAGGAUGGUGCUGGAGGCGGCGGCGGCGGCCGUGGUGGCGGCGGCGUCGUUGGCGGCAGCGGGAGGGGGUGCUGUGGCGGCAUCGGCGGCGGCGCCCGCGGGUGGUGUAAAAUGGCGGAUUUCGAGGAGUUGAGGAAUAUGGUUUCUAGCUUUAGGGUUUCUGAACUACAAGUGUUACUAGGCUUUGCUGGACGGAAUAAAAGUGGACGCAAGCAUGACCUCCUGAUGAGGGCGUUGCAUUUACUGAAGAGCGGCUGCAGCCCUGCGGUUCAGAUUAAAAUCCGAGAAUUGUACAGACGCCGAUACCCACGGACUCUUGAAGGACUUUCUGAUUUAUCCACAAUCAAAUCUUCGGUUUUCAAUUUGGAUGGUAGCUCAUCACCUGUAGAACCUGACUUGGCCGUGGCCGGAAUCCACGCGCUGCCUUCAUCGUCAGUUACACCGCACUCACCGGCCUCUCCUGUUGGUUCUGUGCUGCUUCAAGAUACUAAGCCCACGUUUGAGAUGCAGCAGCCGUCUCCCCCAAUUCCUCCUGUCCAUCCUGAUGUGCAGUUAAAGAACUUGCCCUUUUAUGAUGUCCUUGAUGUUCUCAUCAAGCCCACGAGUUUAGUUCAAAGCAGUAUUCAACGAUUUCAAGAGAAGUUUUUUAUUUUUGCUCUGACACCUCAGCAAGUUAGAGAGAUAUGCAUAUCCAGGGAUUUUUUGCCAGGUGGUAGGAGAGAUUAUACAGUCCAGGUUCAGCUGAGACUUUGCCUGGCAGAGACAAGUUGCCCUCAAGAAGACAACUAUCCCAAUAGUCUAUGUAUAAAAGUAAAUGGGAAGCUGUUUCCUUUGCCUGGCUAUGCACCACCACCUAAAAAUGGGAUUGAACAGAAGCGCCCUGGACGCCCUUUGAAUAUUACAUCUUUAGUUAGGUUAUCUUCAGCUGUGCCAAACCAGAUUUCCAUUUCUUGGGCAUCAGAAAUCGGAAAGAAUUACUCCAUGUCUGUAUAUCUUGUACGACAGCUCACAUCAGCCAUGUUAUUACAGAGAUUAAAAAUGAAAGGUAUUAGAAACCCUGAUCAUUCCAGAGCACUAAUUAAAGAAAAACUUACUGCAGAUCCUGAUAGUGAAAUUGCUACAACUAGCCUUCGGGUAUCCUUGAUGUGCCCUUUAGGGAAAAUGAGGUUGACAAUCCCAUGCCGUGCAGUGACUUGUACACAUCUACAGUGUUUUGAUGCUGCCCUUUAUCUGCAAAUGAAUGAGAAGAAGCCCACCUGGAUCUGCCCUGUGUGUGACAAAAAAGCAGCCUAUGAAAGUCUAAUUUUAGACGGGCUUUUUAUGGAAAUUCUCAAUGACUGUUCUGAUGUGGAUGAGAUCAAAUUCCAAGAGGAUGGCACUUGGUGUCCAAUGAGACCGAAGAAAGAAGCUAUGAAAUUGUCCAGCCAGCCGUGUACAAAAAUAGAAAGUUCAGGUGUCCUCAGUAAGCCUUGUUCAGUGACUGUAGCCAAUGAGACAAGCAAGAAGAAAGUGGAUGUUAUUGACCUAACAAUAGAAAGCUCUUCUGAUGAAGAGGAAGACCCUCCUGCCAAAAGGAAAUGCAUCUUUAUGUCAGAAACACAAAGCAGCCCAACCAAAGGGGUUCUCAUGUAUCAGCCAUCUUCUGUAAGGGUGCCCAGUGUGACUUCGGUUGAUCCUGCUGCUAUUCCGCCUUCAUUAACAGACUACUCAGUACCAUUCCACCACACGCCAAUAUCAAGCAUGUCAUCAGAUUUGCCAGGUUUGGAUUUUCUUUCCCUUAUUCCAGUUGAUCCCCAGCCUCUUCCUCAUCGGCAUCAUUGUUUGUUUCAAGCAGUACUGUCCUCCUAUGUUUUUGGAUAGUCUCACCUCACCCCUAACAGCAAGCAGUACGUCUGUCACCACCACCAGCCCCCAUGAGAGCAGUACUCAUGUUAGUUCAUCCAGCAGCAGGAGUGAGACAGGGGUCAUAACCAGCAGUGGAAGUAACAUUCCUGACAUCAUCUCAUUGGACUAAAGGAAGACUCACUCGAUUCUAGGAAUCAUUCAUCAAAACUGUUCUUUCUUGGAUCUCUGGUCCGUGGAAGCUAUUUUUUUGGUAACAAUUACUUUGAUAUUUAUUGAAACGUCAGACGGAUUCUUUGGCUUUCUGAGAGAUGAACACAGAUGACUGCAGCAAGAACCAAAUGACAUGCAAGGAUUUUUCUUACUCAUGCUGUACUCUGAGCAUCAGAUACAUUUGGCCAUAACUAUCUUCUCCAGAGACGGAUUUCAAUUUCAUAUGUUACUGGAUGGAUUCUACACACAUCGGUUAAAUUUUUUUUUGUUGUAAUAAACAGCAAUAAAAUUAUGUAAAUAUUCAAGUAAACUUUUUUCUAACUAAAAAAAGAUGUAAUCGAUGAUUCUAAAAUGACAGCAACUUUUGUUUAACCUGAUGUGAAGGAAAAAUACCUGGAAGGAAGUAAUGUUUGCUGAAUGAGUCCUUUCCACGGAGAUUUGUUCUGUUUCAUCGAAUAAUGAAGUCUUGCUAAGUGGCCAGAGCUUGGCUCCACUUUUCUUCUGCAGUUCCUCUUUUCUUCCUGAUUCCAUCAAAGAAAAAUGGCCUUUGUGUUACUUAUUUUUCCCUGGUUGUCAUUUACACUUUGAUGUUUGCUAGCAGUUGCAAAGGGAAGUUCUGGGAUUUGGCUGCUCUUUAUCAGUGAUUGUGUUGAAGAACACUAUGCAGAUCCUGCCCUGACGUGAUGUGUGUUAUUUUUGGUAAUUGUACAUUCUCAUUCUAGAGAUUUCUACAAAAUUGGGCUUGCCUUCUCGAAAAAGAAAUUCUGUGCAGCCAUUGAAUGUUGAAUGAAAUGUUUUUGGAGUAACCUGUGGCUAGAAUGUUCAUUGGAAUUUUGUUCACACUGACCAGCAACAUUGAGAGCUUUGAGGCAGUAUAGAAGAACAGAUUUUGGGGAGGUGGGAUUAACAAAGUUUGAUCUCUUCCUAGGAACUUCUUUGACUCAUUUAUUUUAUAGAUAAUAUACAGAUCUUUGUUGAAACUUUUCACAUUUUAGUAACACUAACAAAGCAGAUACAAUUUAGAACUCUGGUCACAUUUGUCACCAGUACAGUCUCAGUGAUGAUUUUCAAACUUAAUUAGAAGACACAAACAACAGCAAGGCAUGGGGACUGCAUCGGAUUUCCUGUUCCUUUUUUUUUUUUUUUUUUUUAAACAAGGAAAUCUUUCCUGAUACCAUGAAGGACACGCAGAGUUAGAAGUGUGUGAAUUUAAGGUGAGGAAGGUUUGGGGAGGAUGGUCCUGCAGCCCGCUUUGAAAAACACUCAGUGUUCUUGAUUUUAAAUCCCUCAGGAGACCGAGUUUUACCCUUAGAGAAACAUUUCUAUCCACAUUUUAUAUUUCCCUUUGCUUCAUUUGGCUCCCUAAAUUUUUGAGUUCUCAAGGAUUUGAUACUUUUCUAAUGUUUAUCUUUCUCCCCCUAACUGUAUCUACUUUAAAAAUAAAAACCCUUUUUAAAAAUGACUAAUCUGAUUUCUCAGACUUAAGUGCCCAGAUGAAGAGUACCGAUUUCAGUUAGAACAGGGACACUUCACAUUACUUCAGGGUUGAUGGAACUCCAGGAAGCUGACUUGUCACUGCUUGGGUGGUUUUUGUUUUUAAACACCUCAAGUUUUCAUGGCCCCUGUGCUCCUUUUGUACUGAUUUAAUUUCAUGUGAUUUUCUACAUCAUCCCUCCUUUGUCUACAUCAUCCCUUACUGUAUUAUUCCUUUUGGAGAGCUGCUUAAUGAAAAACGUGGCAACAAACCAGAAUCUUCCUUAAAGUAGUUGCACCAUCAUUGCGGGUUUUACCUUCUUAGGCACUAGAUUUCCAGUCCAUGUUACAGGCCUUUGGUCCACAUAGAGAAUUUCUUCCUCGUAAAAUUUUAUGUUGCUGCUCUAAAUACAGAUGCAAUCUCUGUUCACUGUAAUCAGAUAGAAAACGGAACUCCGAUUUGUGUGGUAUAAUUUGUUAAUAAAUAAAUGAUGUAUAUUUGUUACCAUUUUGUUACCCUUUAGAUUUUCAGACUCCCCCCCAACAUAAUCAACAAAGUUUUAUAAGGUUAAAUGAAAAUAUAUUCAUAGAAAUUAUUUACUUGGUUCUUGUAACCGAUACCUCUGUGCUUUUGUAGUUGUGCUUUGUUUCCUUUUUACUAUUUUAUGUGAACAGUUUUAGUGUUCAUUUUUGGUGCUUUAUACUGAAAUUACAUAAAAUUUUAAUUUAUACAGGCGACUAACAUUUUUAAAAAUACACUUUUAAGUUUGUAAUCUUAAAAUUGGGGCUUUUAUGUAUGUAUCUUGGAAGGUGAGUACUUUUCUUUAUGCUUUUGCCUUACAACAGCACGAUCAUUAAGUCAUUAUCCUUUUUUUUUUUUUUUUUUUUAAAGCAUGGUCACCAGAUACUUAUACCCAGACCCUGACUUUUUAGUAGUUUAUUUUGCUUGCCCAGAUUUUUGCUUAACCAAGUGUAAUGCAGUUUCAGAGGAGGUUGUCUUAGCUGUUCCGUAGUCAGCUAACUAGUGAUUAUGUGGAGUGUCUUGUUUAAGGAAAGGAACUGCAGACUGCAGCUGCUAGUCUCCUCUUACAAACACUGAGGUAACCUGCGGUUUUGAUCCUUAUUCACGUAGAAAUGUCAAGGCUUACCUUGAUUUGGUGACUCCCGAUGUUGUACUUGGUGUUGAAUAUAGCUUCACAGCUAAACUGUGCUUACAUUCACUAACUUUCUGACCCUUAGGUGAGCCACUUUAGGAUUUUGUAAUUUCCAUUUCUGCCCAGCAGAAGGUAAAUGCCUUUACCAGAAGGUAAAAAUACUUGGCAUCUGUCAUAGGGUAAUUAAUUAUAAGGAUAAAUGAAAUAUUAGCGUUAAAUUUAGUUUAUGUGGCAUUUAUCUUUCAGUGUGCUUCAGGAAAGCUGGGAUGAAAAUACUAUGAUUAGGGGAGGAUUUUAAGUAUAAUAAGUAAGUUGAGCCAUGACUCUUGACAUAAAACAAGUUUCCCUAGGGUAGAAUCUUAAAAUUUUGAGUUUGAAGAAAGAGUAAAAUGUUGGAUUUUAGGUGGAGUGGUAUUCAACAGAGACUAUUUAGGACUUGUUGACAUUAGACCUUUCAGGCAUUCUGCUUUCAGGCAUUCUGCCUUCAGGCCAGUCCUGGACACUAGUCACUUAGUAACCAAGUCUGUUUUUCUUCUGCUAAUAUUCAUUAGUUAACAUUUUAUCUCUUUAAGUAAAUUUGAUUUUUAUAAAGCAUUAGUUUAAUUCUCAUAUAUGCCUUUUAUUUCUCUUUAGCCCCCAAUUGGUACAAAAGCAGUUAACUAUUUACCCUUUUCCCUUUUUUUUUUUUAAGUAAACACUUGUUUUCCUAAUUUUUUUCAUUUUGAAAAAAUGCAGCGCUAUGCGUCAUUUAAACUUGGGUGUGAUGUGUUUUGUGGCCCUGGAUUCCACGUGCUGUGGGAGCUUAUUGUCAGUAAGAUCAGUGAUUGAUGAUUCAAUCUGAAUCACCAUUUUUUCUGCUGCAGUUCUACAUGAAUAUGGUGAAACUUGUGGAAAACAAUUUAAGAAUUUCUCUGCUUUUUUAAGAGUCUGAUGCUCCUGUCAAAUGAAUGACUGGUUUGUAAGCCCCCCCUUUUUUUGUUAUUAGGAGCCACACUCCCAGUUCCUAGGAGAAACAAAUAAAGCUCUAUAAAAGUGCCCAUUCUUCUUUAAUGCUUGCCUGAUUCAGUAAUGUUUUUGUUUUUUGUAUGUAUGUCAGUAAUACAUGCUCACUGUGGAAAAAUUAGACAAUACAGAAAAGUAUAAGAAAAAUAAUAAGCACUUUGAUAUUUUUGCAUAUUUCUUGCCAGUCUCUGCUACUUGUGAGUGUUUUCACAUAGUUUUAUUCAUUCUCAACAUAAUUUGUCUUGGUUUUUUUCUCAGUCUACCUGUCAUUAAAAACUGUCAACUUUUAAUUGCAUGAUAUUCCAUUGUAUGGAUGUGCCAUGAUUCGUAUCACCUUUCCCCAUUGGACAUUUUAGGUUGCAUCUCAUAAAGUUACAGUGAAUAUCUUUGUGUAUAAAUUAUUUCCUUAGGUUGAAUUACUAGAGAUGGAAUUUCUGGGUCAAGGAUACAAACACUUUUGUAGUUCCUGAUUCACUUUUCCACAUGAUUUUACUGAUUUUAUACUCCAACCAUAUGAUAUGAGAAAAGCUCUUUAACCAUAUUUUCCAAGAAUAUACACCAUUCAUCUCUGUGCUGGCAUCUGCGCUAAGACCCUAUACCUUUCUGACCCUGUGAGCUGCGCUGAUUUGGAAGUAAUUGACAACGAUUUUCCCGGACUGUCUCAGUUUCAGCUACAUCUAUUUGACAUGUUCCAGAUACACCUGCCUAAGGAUAUCCAAAUAAUUUUUCACAUAGUUUUACUUGCCCUGUGAAAUAGCCCAUUGUCAGACUAUGUUUUCUAUUUUUAGUUAGAAAAUCUUGACACUUUUUUUUUUUUUUUUUAACCAUUUGUACCUAGGGCCAGCCCUUAGUAGCCAGCUUUCUUUUUUUCCUCUUUCUGUAGGCUCCAUUUUGGGCUUUCUGAGCUCCCCAAAGCCAGUAGGAUCUCCUGAGCCAAAGGCAGUCCAAGCCAAACUGGAAGAGUGGUAAGGCUGACCAACAAAAGCAGGGCCAAGCUUUGCUUGUUUCACUUUGUAUUCUUUUGUGUUUCCAGUGACAUCUUGGUGUCCUAAGGGCAGCUCUGUGGCAAAAACAAAACACCCCCCCCAAAACAGAUUGCUAUCUCAAAUGUUCAAGGUGUAUUACUUUAUUGAUUGGCAUACCACAUAAUUUCCCAGACUGCUUUUUGUUUCAGAAUGGCUUCUUCAUUCUGUGUUCUCAAAGCUUAACUCUUUUUAGUGAAGAAGAGGGUUGUGUUAUAAAAUAGAACAUGUCUCUUAUUUUGGCCUUCACCAAACUAUUCACAUAUUCAGUGUGUCUUAUAAAUGUGUGUGGGAUAGAGUAGAAUAAAAGAUCUAGUCCCAGACUUCAAAGGGCUCCUAAUCAGCUUUUCCAAAAAUCAGGGGUUUGUGCUAAGAAUUUUACAAAAAUGUCUCAUUCCUUCCAUUUGCCCUACAAAGGAAAGUGGUAUGGUCCUCAUUUUACAGAUGAAGGAAUAGAUGUAAGUAAGUUUCUCAGUGGACUUGGGAGUCUGAAACAGACCUACCUCAAAAGCCCUCUGACUAAUUAGGUUAUUUGGGAAUCUAGACCUAAGAUUUUAAUAACUGAUGUUAGGUGAUGGCCACAGGAAUAAGGAAGGAGUGGACCCUGAAGCCAUUUCAAAGGAAGACUCCAGAUUCAGUGGUGUGAACAGAUCCAGGAGUGAGGGCUGAGUCCAUUUCUCAAGCCUGGGUAACCAGGAUAAUGGAUCUGUUUACAGAGAGAGGAUGCAGUUAGAAUGGGCAUUAGUCAUUUAGGGGAGGCAAUGAGGAGUUUGAUGUUAAGCAUGAGAUUUCAAAAGGGAAGGGCCUGUGAAGUUUAUGUUUGCUUUUCGGCAGUCUUUUGAAGAUGUGAAGCCUUCCUUCAUUGUUUUCACUCUCACUGGUCUCCAUUCUGUAGAUCUUCUAGUCCCUCCCAGUUGCCCAUCCACUCUCUCUGCUAAACCAUGCUCACUGCGUCUCCACAUUUUCUCUGGAUUUUUUCUCUUCACUGCCUUGUUACCUCAAGUCUGGCCAUACUCUGCACCUCUCACCAGUGUGGGCUGUGUUUACAUACCACAUAACUGAAGAAGUGGGUGGUUGCUGCCCUACCUCUAUUGUAAUUUCUAAACAUUUCUCCCCAGGCCUCUGACGAAAAUCUGCCCCAUUUGCAGCCCAGGCGAGGUUCUACUGUUAGCUGCUUGUACUCUUACCAAGUAACCUGACCAUGUCCUUGGAUUUGCUGAAGGCUUCAUUUCCUGACUCACAGUGUUUCUUGCCAUCUCUAACUUUGUAGUCCUUCUCAGUCUUCAACGUUUUGACGGAUGAUCCACCCAACAGUCUAGCUUGGGAGAUUUUUGGUUACCUCUGAUACUUUCUUGCACUGAAACGCCCUGUUUUCUCUGUAGUUCUUGUCUACCUUAGACUGCUCCUCCAUUAUUACAGCCUCAAAAGCAUCCCCAGAUCCCUCCUUCAGGGUCACCCAUCCAUCCUUUGAUUUGGUAUUACAUGCUGCUGCUUUUGCCCAUUCUUGUCGAUUAUUGCAAAUGUUAGUCCUUUUCAGACCACACCUGUCUCCGCAGAUGACCUUGCUUCCUAAUGCACACAAGAUUCAGUUUGCCAGCAUGAUUUCUCUCCACAUGUGCCCAUCUUCAUUCUCCUUCAUUACAGUCUCAGAGGAUGAGGUGGGCCUGAAGGCCAGUUCAGCCCCAUGGACUUUUGACUCUUGUUUCCUGUCAUCUUCAGGACCUUCCUCCAUCACACUCCCUCUUUUCUGAAUGUCUUUCACUUCUCUGCUGCUUCUUUUGGCUUACAGAAGUCUCAGUCAUCAAAUACUAGGUCCUGUGUUACAUGCCAGGCAUUGUAUCAGGCGCUCAGAACACAAGAUAGAUAAAUACCUACCUUCACCAAAGUUGUGAUUCAGUAGAAUAAAGAGUGAAAUAGGGAGAUUACAGUGCAGUGGUAAAAGGCAAAAUAGAGGGUGCUACAGUAGUACGUAGAUGAGGCAACUGGCUGAUGCUAUGGAAGUGUCCGAUGAGUAGGAUCAUGGCAGUUGAUUAGUUGUCAAGAGAACUGAGAAUAUUCAGAAUAGCUACACGUUUGUGUAAGAAAGCAUGCCGGGCCUUAUAAAGCAGUGAGAAGGCACUGAGGAGUUCUCAUGAUCAUUAACAGUUGAGCAGCAUUGGUUGAGUUUGGUAUGAUCGUCUCCAAUUUACAAAUGUGGAAACAGAUCAUGAGAGGGUGAGUGACUUGCCUGUGGUCAUGCAUCUUGUAAGUGGUGAGGCAAGCUUCAAAUCCAGCUUUAACCACCUCCGUCUGUCCGUGAUCAUUCUAUCUAAAAAGGUGUUAACUAUAUCAUAUCGCUGUUUAUAUUUCUGUAUGGCACUUGUCACAACCUGUGUUUAUAUGUUGGUUCACUGUGUAUUGUCUGUUUCCCUUACUAGAUUGUAAGCUCCGUGAGGGCAGGGGUGAUCUCAUGUCACAUGCAUCCCAGAGCCUAACAAGGUGUGUGGUGCAUAGUAGGUGCUCAAUAAAUAUUUAUAAAUGAA